CCGCCGUCGAACCCGAAUGCUUCUAGUUAGCAGUGGUGGGAGUUGCCUGUGUGUGUCGAGUCUCUGUGCGAAAACAAUGGACGACGGAAAGCUCGACUAAAUAAGGAGAAAUAGUCAUUAAUAAACGAUAGAUCGGUGAACCGGAGAUUUCUGUUGUUACGGGCGGAGGUCGAAGUCGGAUACGUUUGAUUAGAAUCGCGUCCGGAGAGCGAGAGAUAUUAAGGCGUGGCCCAAUUCGUCUUAUAAAUAGUCCGUCUUCUGCUUUGGAGCUGCAAUGGCCGCUAUAAGGAAAAAGUUGGUUAUCGUCGGAGACGGCGCCUGCGGUAAGACCUGCCUUUUGAUAGUUUUCAGCAAAGACCAAUUCCCUGAAGUGUACGUGCCGACCGUUUUCGAAAACUACGUCGCCGACAUCGAAGUGGACAAUAAACAGGUCGAGUUGGCCCUGUGGGACACGGCCGGCCAGGAGGACUACGAUCGCCUCCGUCCGCUCUCAUACCCGGACACGGACGUCAUCCUGAUGAGCUUCUCUAUCGAUUCGCCCGACUCGCUCGAGAACAUUCCGGAAAAGUGGACCCCGGAGGUCAAACACUUCUGCCCAAACGUGCCCAUCAUACUCGUCGGGAACAAAAAGGACCUCAGGAACGACCCGAACACGAUAAAAGAGCUCGCCAAGAUGAAGCAGGAACCGGUAAAGCCGGAGGAGGGACGGGCCAUGGCCGACAAAAUCAACGCUUUCGACUAUUUAGAGUGCUCCGCCAAGACUAAGGACGGCGUCAGACAGGUAUUCGAAACGGCGACCAGGGCCGCUUUGCAAGUCAAAAAGAAGCGAAAGAAGACCGUCAAAUGUAGAUUACUUUAAAAUAGACAAGGAAAACAGCAAAACAAAACUAAAAAAAAAGGAAGCUCAUUUUACUUUUCUCUACACCCCCUUCUCGACCGGUAACGUCUUACGAUCCAGGCGAUACAAACCACCAGAUAAAAGCGGCACCACUUUUUCAGAUAAAUUACCGAACCUUUUGGAUAACAAAUAAUCAUAUAUGACAGGAAAACUGGUCAUUUCCUUAAGAGAACCACUCGGGAAAUUUCCGUCUUACAGGUGGUUCUUCCCUCACGAAAAACGCAAGUCCUUGGUUGAUGUCAUACCUCAUAACUUAGCGAUGAUUCAGUCACGAACCGACAGCUUUUCAAAUCCAGCUCCGACAUGUUUUAGAAUGCAUACAUUUUUUAAUCUUAAAUAUUAUAAUAUUUGCUAUAUAUAUAUUUAAUAUCUUUAUUUAAAAAAUAAGAAAAAAAAUCUUACUAUAUUAUACUAAAAAAAUAAAUGAAUAAUAAAAAAUUAUAAUGUAAAAAAAUACAAAAAAAAACAAUCUUCUUACUAAUAAUCCGAGUUUUGGCUAGUGUAAAAUGCUUUAUAACUAUAACAAAAAAAAUAUUUGUCCAAUAAGUUUAAUAAAACAAAGACUGUUAUUUAAAAAAACAAAGGUUGGUGAAGGUUUAAACGAGAAGGAUUUUUUGAUAAAAUGAUUUGUGAGAAAAUUACUAAUCGACACAUCUUUGUACUGAAAAUGAAUAAAAUUCUUGCUCAUUUAGCGCAAAA